AUGACGUCUCUCUCUCUAUAUAUAUUUGGCUUCUUUGAUGUUAAAUCUCUCUCUCUCUCACUCUCUCUCUCUCUCUCUCUCUCUCUCUCUAUAUAUAUAUAUAUAUAUAACUACCUCAUUCUGUUACUAUCUAUCUAUCUAUCUAUCUAUCUAUCUAUCUCUUUCAGCAUGUUCCAAUCUAUUUCAGUUAGUUCAUAUCUAUCUAUCUAUCUAUCUAUCUAUCUAUCUAUCUAUCUAUCUAUCUAUCUAUCUCAUUCUGUUAAUAUCUAUCUGUCUGUCCGUCUUUCUGUCUUUCUUUCUUUCUUUCUAUCUAUCUAUCUAUCUAUCUACUAUCUAUCUAUCUAUCUCAGUCUAUUCAUAUCUAUCUAUCUAUCUAUCUAUUCAUAUCUAUCUAUCUGUCUAUCUCAGUCUAUUCAUAUCUAUCUAUCUAUCUAUCUAUCUAUCUAUCUAUCUCUUUCUGUUAAUAUCUAUCUGUCUGUCCGUCUUUCUUUCUGUCAGUCAGUUCAUAUCUAUCUAUCUAUCUAUCUAUCUAUCUAUCUAUCUAUCUAUCUAUCUAUCUAUCUAUCUCAUUCUGUUAAUAUCUAUCUGUCUGUCCAUCUUUCUUUCUGUCUGUCUGUCUGUCUGUCUUUCUUUCUUUCUUUCUUUCUAUCUAUUUCAAUCUGCGCAGCUGUUUUCAUACUUCCUUUUACAUUUCUAUCCGUCUCUCCUUCCUUCCCUCUCUCUCUCUCUCUCUCUCUCUCUCUCCAACGAACCAAUUUUAUUGUAAUUCUUUCAUAUCUAUCUAUCUAUCUAUCUAUCUAUCUAUCUAUCUAUAUAUAUAUAUAUAUAUAUAUAUAUAUAUAUAACUAUCUAUCUAUCUCCAUCCAUCUAUCUAUCUAUCUAUCUAUCUCAGUCUAUUCACAUCUAUCUAUCUAUCUAUCUAUCUAUCUAUCUAUCUAUCUAUCUAUCUAUCUCAGUCUAUUCAUAUCUAUCUAUCUCAUUCUAUUCAUAUAUCUAUCUAUCUCCAGUCUAUUCAUAUCUAUCUAUCUAUCUAUCUAUCUAUCUAUCUAUCUAUCUAUCUAUCUAUCCUCAUUCUAUUCAUAUCAUCUAUCUCAGUCUAUUCAUAUCUAUCUCAUUCUAUUCAUAUCUAUCUAUCUCAGUCUAUUCAUAUAUAUCUAUCAAUCUAUCUAUCUCAUUCUAUCCAUAUCUAUCUAUCUCAUUCUAUUCAUAUCUAUCUCAUUCUAUUCAUAUCUAUCUAUCUAUCUAUCUAUCUAUCUAUCUAUCUAUCUAUCUAUCUAUCUAUCUAUCUCAGUCUAUUCAUAUCUAUCUAUCUAUCUAUUUAUCUAUCUAUCUCAGUCUAUUCAUAUCUAUCUAUCUCAGUCUAUUCAUAUCUAUCUAUCUAUCUAUCUAUCUAUCUAUCUAUCUCAGUCUAUUCAUAUCUAUCUAUCUAUCUAUCUAUCUAUCUAUAUCUAUCUAUCUAUCUAUCUAUCUAUCUAUCUAUCUAUCUCAGUCUAUUCAUAUCUAUCUAUCUAUCUAUCUAUCUAUCUAUCUAUCUAUCUCAGUCUAUUCAUAUCUAUUUAUCUAUCUAUUUAG